ACGAUUGAUCGAUCAAGUGCUAAUAUUCAAGAUGUUUUGCCGGUGUCUACCUGUUGUGUGCAUCCUACUGAUGUGUCUGGUGUUUGAGAGUCAUUCCUCUCCUCGUGGUCAAAGGGGGUCGCCGACCUUUUCCAAUUCACUGCGUCUCACGCGCGCCAUCCGUACACAUGUCCAGAAAUUGCUCAACCGAUACAAGGAACAGAUGUUUGGUGACGAGCUCUUUGAAAACAGAGAAUUAACGCUGAGCUCAUUACCGGCUGUCACUGUCUCUUAUAAUAACUGGAUACAAAUGCAGGACACUGAGCGUUUGCAAUUGGCCUCUCACCACCUUCAAACCUUCUGGAUUCACCUGGAAGAUCAACGACAGCAAUUAGAGAAAGAGAAGGACGGAAAUAGAAAAGAACCGAGAAGAGAUAAGCGUGGAAGGCCUCAGUUCACCUUAUUUCAAAGCUUUAUGGCUCUACAAAUAGAUCUGCGGGACCUAAUGAGACAAGUCAACUCUCAGCUUGAGAGUCUCACAGCCAAACAGAACUCUGAUUCUACAUCCACCAAAUCUCCACAGCCCUCUCCCUUAUCCUCCACUUCAACCUCCAGUCCGAUUCCUAGCACGCAUAGAUCCACAGCGAGCACUACUCUCCAGACCUCAUCCCACACUGAUGCUCCCCAAAGCUCCACGCAUUUCACUGUAAAAUCAACUGAAACCUCAACUGCAACCAACACGAAACCUUCUGCAAAAACAGAGGAAACCUUUGUAGGUGUCACAGUGAACCCUAAAAAACCCACCCAGACAUCAACAGUCCAUCAUUCAAGGGGAAGCCAGCAGAAGACAGAAGCUCUGUCCUCAGGGACGUCCCGCUGGGUCCAGCAUCUGAAGGGCUAUGUUAUACUGAGAGAUCUUGAGCGGUACCUGAGCAGAUUGGCACGCGAUUACACUAUACUCCGAGCUAAACACUGAUAAACAGACAUGGAAACAACAAUAAAACAAGUAUUUAACAAACAUUCACACAUAAUUGAAUACACUAACAUUUACAUCCACAUACAACUGCAAUUACAGUCGCUGUUUACCUAAUUUAUUAGAAUUACUGUAUUUUUAUGAGAUAAUUUAUUAUUUUUUCUACUGUUUGAUUAUUUUGAUGACAGAUGUGAUGUGUGGAAAGUAUUAUGUCAGUAUGUGAAUAUAUUUCAGGCAGCUUGUGCUUCCUUUCCAAAAUAUUUAGGAAAAAGAUGUUUACCACAGUAUUAUGUUUUACAGUAGUAUUAAUGAAAAAGUCAAGAACAAAUUUGGUUCAUUUCAUGUUUUUUAUUAACUUCAGGUUAUCUUCAUGCUCUGUUUGACAUCUAUAAGCACUUUAAACAGCACACACUUUGUUUACAUUAGAAAAUUUGACAGAAAAAACAAGUUAGCUAUUCUCGAAAAUCAAAAUUCCCCAAACACCCCACUUCCCUCCUUCGCUGAAAAUCAGCCAAUCAGAGCACAGAAUGAUGAGAUAUUAACUUUAUAUCCCCUUUCUUUGUCUAUCCCCUGUACUUUCCACCUUGUGUUAUUUAUUAAAUUAUUUAUUUUAUUUAUGUGUAAUGUAUUCUAAACAUGCAGUAUUUAUAUUUAUGUAAU